AUGCUGGACAACCCCCAGGCUGGCACCAAAGGUAUCAUCACGGGCAUCUACUAUCUCGGCACCUUCCUGAGCUAUAUUUUCCUUUCACAUCCCCUGAGUGACUGGAUGGGUCGUCGCUUCGCCGCCCUAUCCGGCAUUGUUAUCCUGGUCUUCGGCGCCGUGCUUCAGGCCACUAGCCAUGGCUGGUCUGCCCUUGCUACCAUGAUCUUGGGGAGGUUCAUUUCCGGCAUGGGUGUUGCCGUCGUUUCCACCUCGGUGCCCCUCUACCAGACGGAGGUCUCGCCCGCCAACAAACGAGGACACUUCGUCACCAUGAACCACGUCGGCUUCAUCGCGGGAUUAGCCCUCGGUCUCUGGGUCGGCUAUCUCAUGACGUACUGGACAUCCCCGACGGGACACUACUACGGCUGGCGCGUCUCCAUUUUCCUAGAGCUCAUCCCCGCCUUGCCCUUCGCCGUAGGCCUGCCCUGGAUCCCCGAGACGCCUCGCUGGCUCGUGGAGAAUGGACGCCUGGAACAAGCCAGGGCCACCCUCCGCUGGCUCCGACAAGGCCUCGUCCCGGACGCGGAGGUGGACGACGAGCUAGCCUCCAUCGUGAAGAACGUGGACGCUUACUACACCUCGAGCACGUCGUGGCUGUCCCUCUUCCGGGAACCGGCCCUCUUCGCGCGGCUGUGGCGUGCCGCGGCGCUUCAGUUCAUGGCGACCAUGUGCGGCGCGACGGCGAUGAAGUACUACCUCCCUUCCCUCCUCAAGGCGCUGGGCCUCGAGACGCGUCUGGCCCUCAUGGCGGGCGCCGUGGAGAUGACGCUCAAGAUCGGAUUCACCGUGCUGGAGAUGUUUCUUAUUGACCGGUUUGGACGCCGGAAGUGCCUCGUGGCCGGGUGUGUCGUUAUGUCUGUUGCUAUGAUGAUCAAUGGUGCGCUGCCCAUCGCGUACCCGAAUAAUUCGAACAAGGCCGCCGACGUGAUCUGCAUCGCCUUCAUCUUCAUUUAUGCCCUUGGUUAUAGCCUGGGUUUCGGGCCGGCGUCGUGGGUGUACAAUACAGAGAUCUUCCCAACAGCCGUGCGAGCCAGGGGUCUCAAUUUCGCGGCGUCCGGAGGCUCGGUCGGGUCCAUCAUUGUAUCCCACGUGUGGCCCGUUGGCCGCGCCGCCCUGGGGAGUAAAGUCUACUUUAUUUUCAUGGUGGUUAACAUUAUCUGCAUCCCGAUUCUCGUCAUCUUCUAUCCCGAGACCAAGGGCGUUGCGCUAGAGGAUAUGGACGAAUUAUUCGGCAAAGUGAGAGUCGCACAUCGAAUCGAAGCCGAGCGUGAUGGACCGGAAGACACAGAACGCCUAUUGCAAGACCCCCAGGCGUUGGGGCAAGACAUUGAGGAACCGUAUCGGGAUGCGGCUACAAGGGCAUGA